AUGACCGAAGCUGCUGGUAUCUCUUCGGUAGUUGGUCGUUUCGGUUUUGUGGGAACUGGGUCUCUCAGAACGAUAUUAACGAGGCGAUUUUCUUUGCAAUUUCGAUGGUCGGCCUCAUUAAGCUGGCUUUCUUUCUUGGGAAAUCAUGCGAUGAAUCUUAAAGGGGAACUGACAUCUAGUGAUUUAGGGGUCCCAUUCGAAGGAUCAAACGCAUCCUUUGGAGUGUCUUUUCCUCUCCCUUGA